UUUCUAGCAAAUUCUAUGAAACCGAUGACAAAUGGCAAAUACAACUAUAAAACGCAGUGAUGAUCACGGAGAAGCUUGAAAUGUCUCUUUGUUGAGAUCAUCACUAUUCGCUACCAACUGUCAAUCAGUAUUACAAACACAAUAACAAUGCUUUCAUUUGCCGCUGCACCAAGUUUCUUCUUUGAAGACAACUUGCUUACCCCACAGAGAACAAGAAGAGUUGCAACACCAUCGAGACGUAACAAUAUCUACUGCUCUCAUCCAUGUUCUCACUCCGCUGAUCCAUUUGACUGUGUUUUCCGAAUGCGGGAUGCCUACGUUGCCCCACCAAGAGUUGAGGUCUUCAGUCGUGCAUUGCAGACUGGUAAUUCUUAUCAAAUCCAAGUGAUGAAGAAGAAUGACCCUUCAAACUCGUUUGACGAUUAUCAGAUCCAAUAUAGAUUCACCAAUGCAGGUAAUACCUUGAUAAGUAUUGGAUCUAGAAGUGACUCAUUUGACAAGACUUUCUCCUUCAAGACUGCUACCAUUGAUUUGGAUGAUGCAGAAUGGAGAAUCAUCGAUAACGUUUUACUUGUGAACAUUCCAAAGAAGAAGCUCCAAACAGUUGUGCAGGUCAGAACUAUAAGUCCAAAGAAUUGUAAUGUUUCCAAGACUCAGAACAAGAAGAGAUCUGAACAUCACAAGAAAAAGGUUAUAUCUGUGCCAAUCACUCGUGGAUUAUACACAACUGAAACUUCUGAUGUUUUCGAACGUGCCAAAUCAGUUUUGCAGGAUGAGCCAGUUCCUGAGAGAACACAAGCUGCGCCAUCCAAAACUGUUUCUCAAACAGACUUGGAAGAUGAAGAGCCUGUUACUUCCGAAGCAGAGUCUGCAUCUGAGACAGAAUCAACUGUCUCCGACACUGAAUCAGAAGUUACAAAGUCAGAGCCAGUCCUCAAACAGCUUCCAAAACUCAAGAGAAAAGUUUCACUUGAGGAAGUUGAAGAUGAGUCUUUCCAAUGAAUGUGACUACAGUACCAGUUUGAAUGUACAUUAGCAAGUCAUGAAAAUAACCCAAUUUUAAUGAAC